GCAAAUUCUGAAGAUGGCAACACUGACAUUCGGACAAUCGAAGGAAGUGAAGUUUUUUUUGACGAAUACCGGUAAAAUUCCUUUUCUGGCAGUUGCUCUUAUAAGAUAGAUCACGUUUUCGUAGUGCUCUCUGAACAACUCCUUUGUCCCCGACUUGGUAUAUAAACAAUGGCAACUGAAAACGAGCAGGCUGGAGAUCAUGCAGAUGAAAUUGAAUCAUUGGAAGAUGAAGAGAUUCGUAAUAUGAUUACAUUUCCAAAUAUAAUGUCGACGCUUCAUACUCAACAAUUGGAAGAAUUAUUAGCGAGCCUUCCAGCGUCUGUCAAACGUCGAAUCAAGGCACUCAAAAGACUUCAGUUGGAAUAUACAAAUUUGGAAGUUGAGUUUUUUAAAGAAGUUCAUGCCCUUGAAUGCAAGUAUCAUAAUUUAUACGUUCCGCUAUACCUGAAGCGAGAAAAAAUUGUAACUGGCAAGCAUGAACCAACUGAAGAAGAGUGUGAAUGGCAAUCAGAUGAUGAAGAAAACAUUUCAUCCGAUAUGAAAGAAAAAGCUUCAAUUGAUAAUAAAGAUGAAGGUGCUGAUGUAAAAGGCAUUCCUGACUUUUGGUUGACCAUAUUCAAGAAUUGCAGAAUCUUGGCUGAAAUGGUACAACCUCAUGAUGAACCAAUAUUGAAGCAUUUAAUUGAUAUCAAAACCACAUGUGAAAUAGAACCUAUGACCUUCACUUUAGACUUUUUCUUCUCCCCAAAUGAGUAUUUCAACAAUUCUGUUCUUCAGAAAAAAUAUUUCUUGAAAUGUCUUCCUGACAAAGAUGAGCCUUUUGAAUUUGAGGGUCCAGAAAUUACCAAGUGUACAGGUUGUGAAAUCGACUGGAAUAAGGGCAAGAAUGUUACUGUGAAAACCAUCAGGAAGAAACAGAAGCAUAAGAACCGCGGUGUAGUACGAACAGUUCAGAAAACUGUCGCCAAUGACUCAUUCUUCAACUUCUUCGCUCCUCCAGUUGUUCCCGAAGAUAGUAAGGAGGAUGAAGUUGACGAUGAAAUUCACCAGAUCUUGACGACUGAUUUUGAAAUCGGUCAUUAUAUCAGAGAGCGUAUCAUUCCUAGGGCUGUUCUAUACUUCACUGGCGAAGGAAUUGAAGAUGAAGAAGAAGAUUUUGAAGAGGAAGAAGAUGAUGAUGAUGAGGAGGAUGAUGAAAUUGAAGGAGAAAGCAAAGAUUCCAAGGACAACGAAAAGGAUCCCAAAUGCAAACAACAAUAAGACCAGUGUUAAUUAUUAGAAAAUUUGUUGGUAUUCCUUUUAUUACAUUUUAAAAUGUUGUCAUAUGUCUGAAUUAAUUUAUUUUGAAAUGAUUAUUUAUGUGAAACUAAUGCAAAAAAUAUUUUGCAAAUUACUCAAAAUACAUUCUGUUAAAUUAUUAAGUUUCAUGUUGGAAUCUCUCUUCACUUGAUAUUCGAGAUCACGCUAUUUUUGUAGUUUUUUCUAAAUUAUUUCUUGACAGUUCUGAAUAUAAAUUUCUCAACUGCUUA